AACCAAGGGAAGGGAAGCAAGUAGUGAGGACCAAACGCGAGAAAACAAACACGAGAACGGGGAAACAGCAUAACUCUUGUUGCCGUGCGCAUUCUCCCCAUAAAUUAACAAACCAAAAAAUCGAGGCAUGAGCCGCAGAAAGAAGAUCAGGUUGGAGACUGACAACGCCGGCGAGGACGAGGACGGCGAUUCUCCCACGAUCGUGAUGGAGAAGACGCGGAGCGAUCGGAAGCCAACCCUUCUGCCGACAGGCAUCGGCAGCAGGUACCAGCAAGGUGAAAAGAAUGCAGCUGAGCGCCGUAAUGAGCGAUAUUGCAGCGACAAGGGCGGUAAUAAGGAGAGCAAUUCGGCUGACGGCCCCAACUCGAGCGGGUCUUCGGUUAGGGUGCAGGAGCAAGCUAAGCUGGAGGUAAAGGACGAGCAGCAGCCCAAGGAGGAACAGCAGCAGACCGAUCAGCCGGAGAACGAGCUGGACGACCUCAAGGGCCUCGACGGCGCCGCCUUUCAGAGCCGCUUGCCCUUUGACAAGCUUACGUCCACCGAGGCCACCAGCUUCCCGGACAUUUCACAGGGUCCGCCGCAGACGCUCAAGACCUUCCUCCACAUCCGCAACAGACUUUUGCAAUUGUGGCUGCAGAAUCCGAAGCAGCAGCUGGUGGCUGACUCGUCAGUGGGGCAAAUCGAAAGUCCUUACAACACGGACCCUGCGUUCGUCCUCAGAAUUCACUCUUUCCUUGAAAGACAUGGUUUCAUCAACUUCGGCAUUUUCAAACGCAUAAAGCCUUUGCCAACGAAGAAGUAUGGCAAAGCCAUUGUGAUCGGCGCAGGCAUUGCAGGAUUGGCUGCUGCACAGCAGAUGCAGCAGUUUGGAAUGGAGGUCAUUGUCCUUGAAGCAAGAGAUCGUGUUGGCGGCCGCAUUGCCACCUUCCGCAAGGGCAACUACAUCGCUGACCUGGGUGCCAUGGUGGUCACCGGCCUAGGUGGCAACCCGGUCACCGUGCUUUCUAAGCAGAUUUCCAUGGAGCUGCACAAGAUAAGGCAGAAAUGCCCGCUAUACGAAUCCAACGGCAACACGGCGGGCGGUGUUCAGGUUCCCAAGGACAAGGACGAAAUGGUCGAGCGCGAGUUUAACCGGUUGCUUGAGGCCACCAGCUACCUCUCGCACCAGCUCGACUUCAACUACACGGGCGGCAAGCCCGUGUCCCUCGGACAGGCGCUCGAGUGGGUCAUCAAGCUGCAGGAGAAAAACGUCAAGGAGAAGCAGGUGUCGCACCUGAAGGCCGUGAUCGCACUGCAGGAGAAGCUCCGGGCCAAUCAACAGAGGAUGAUGACCACCAAGGAAAAAAUUGCCGAGCUGACAAAGCAGCAAAAGACGCUAGGCGAAAAUAAGAACCGAGACAUCACACAGGAAUUUGUUCUGCGUUCAAAACAGCGCGAAUUAAACAACGAGUGUCGUGAGUGGGACCAGCUGCUCGAACAGCAAAAGGAGAUUGAGGAGAAGCUGCAGGAGCUGGAGGCAUCGCCGCCGAGCGACGUCUACCUGUCUUCGCGGGACAGGCAAAUCCUGGACUGGCACUUUGCCAACCUUGAAUUCGCCAACGCCACACCCCUGUCCAACCUGUCCCUCAAGCACUGGGACCAGGACGAUGACUUUGAAUUCACUGGCAGCCACUUGACUGUCCGCAACGGAUACUCAUGCGUGCCGGUGGCGCUGUCUGAUAACCUGGACAUCAAGUUGAGCACUGCCGUGCGCCAGAUCAGAUACAACAGCUCUGGAGUGGAGGUCGUCACCAGCAAUGCCAGGAACCAAAGCAAUGCAUUCACAUACAGAGCCGACGUGGUGCUGUGCACGCUGCCGCUGGGCGUGCUGAAGCAGUCGACACAGCAGCAGCAGAUGCCGUCCGGCCUGCCGAACACGGUCCAGUUUCAUCCGCCGCUGCCUGACUGGAAGGUGGCUGCUAUCCAACGCCUAGGCUUCGGCAACCUGAACAAGGUGGUGUUGUGCUUCGAACGCGCGUUCUGGGACCACAACGCGAAUCUAUUUGGCCAUGUGGGCAGCACGACCGCCAGCAGGGGCGAGCUCUUCCUCUUCUGGAACCUGUACAAGGCACCUGUGCUGCUUGCCCUGGUAGCUGGCGAGGCAGCCGCAAUCAUGGAGAACGUCAGCGAUGACGUCAUCGUCGGCCGAUGCAUCGCCGUUCUCAAGGGCAUCUUUGGCAAUGCGAAUGUGCCACAGCCGAAAGAAACGGUUGUAACCAGGUGGAGGGCCGACCCUUGGUCAAGGGGCUCUUACUCUUUCGUGGCCGUUGGUUCGUCUGGCAACGAUUAUGACAUCCUCGCCGCCCCUGUAACGCCGCCGCCGAAUCCUGGAUCACAGCAGGCGCCCAUGCCCAGAUUGUACUUUGCUGGCGAACACACGAUUCGCAAUUACCCGGCAACGGUGCACGGAGCCUUUCUGAGCGGUCUGCGCGAAGGCGGCCGGAUUUCAGACCAGUUUGCUGGCUGCCCAUACACGUCAGCUCCGGGUGCGGUUCCCGCCCCUGCGGCCUCCGCGGCCGCCCCCUCCCCUGCGGUCGUGACGUAGGCUUAAGAAUAUUUGUCUCUCUCGCACGCAUUUCUAGUAUUUAUUUUCACCAUUCCUUGGAAGUGUAUAUCUCUCAAUUAAAAAUUGUAGUCAAAUUA